AUGGAAAAUGAGCCAGCUGCUCAUUUUCCAGUUCUUUUUGCACGCCUAGGAAGGGUAGCUCUUGAGGCUCUUUCACCUUUGCAUGGGUGUGCUCUGUGGGAGUCAUUGGCUCCUUUUGCACACGCAGAGAAGAUUCAACUCGAGGCUAUAGACAACGAAUUUAAGGCUCUAACUAAAUGUGGGACAUGGUUUCUAGUUGAUCUUCCACCUAAUGCAACCAUUGUUGGUUGCAAAUGGGUGUACGCCAUUAAAAAGAGUGCAGAAGGCCUUGAAGCUCAUUAUUUGCCUGAGCAGAAAUUGUUACUUACUCAAACAAAGUAUGCAAAAGAUCUGCUACAUUAUGCAAGAAUGCAUAAUUCAAAUCCUAUGCCUACACCUAUGAUGACAUCUUUGAAGAUGAGCAAAAAUGACUCAGAUCCUUAUGAAGAUCCUAAGCAAUAUAGAUCCAUUGCAGGAGCCUUACAGUAUCUCACAAUUACAAGACCAGAUUUAGCAUUCGUUGUGAACAAAGUUUCUCAAUUUAUGCAUUCACCAACCAUUCAACAUUGGAAGGCAGUUAAGAGGAUACUUAGAUAUCUAGAAGAAAUACUUAAUGAAGAUUCGGACUGGACUUCGGACUUAGAUGAUCGGAGGUCAAUUACUGGAUAUUGUAUCUACCUUGGCACAAAUUUAAUAGCUUGGAGGAGUGACAAACAGUCUAAGAUUAUCAGGUCUACAACUGAAGAAGAAUAUAGAGCGAUAGCCUCAGCUUAG